GGGCGCCAGGCAGAGGGUGAGAGCAUGGCCUCCCGGGACCCGCCCGCCACCAGCCAUGCUCCCCCCGACGUGCCCUCUGGGGUCUCGCUGUUUCUCACCAUCCCCUACGCCUUCUUCUUGCCCGAGCUGAUAUUUGGGGUCUGGGUCUGGAUCCUGGUGGCAGCCACCCAGGUAGCAAGCCCACUGCUACAAGGAUGGGUGAUGUACGUCUCGCUCACCUCUUUCCUCAUCUCCCUGAUGCUCCUGUUGUCUUACGUGUUUGGAUUUUACAAAAGAUAUGAGUCCUGGAAAAUUCUGGACAGCCUGUAUCACGGGACCACAGGCAUCCUGUACAUGAGUGCCGCCGUGUUACAAGUGCAUGCCACCAUCGUGUCAGAGACCCAGGACCUGAAAAACUACUAUAUAAACACCGCGGCCUCGUUCUUUGCCUUCAUCACCACCCUGCUCUACAUCCUGCAUGCCUUCAGCAUCUAUUACCACUGAAGAAGCAGGGGACCAGGCGAUGUGGAAGAUGCUUUUUCAAAACCAGGAGUGUCAGCUUCCAAAAGUGGUUUUCAACCUUCGCCAUCUGGAUGAUAAACAGCUCACCAACGAUGACAUCACGGGAUCCACAGACCAUCUUUUCAGACUGAGUGAUGAAAUCACACGCUGGCAGAUCUGUUUGGACAUUUUAAUUCAUUGUGAUGAAUAUGAAAAGGCUGGGGGGGGGGGAGGACUUUGUUGUUGUUUCAUUUUGUUUUGUUUCGCCCAGGGAAAGUAACUGUCUCUUGGGAUUUUCUGACAGUGACCCUCGCUCUUCUAGAAACCUAACAUCUUAUGCGGAAAAUUCCAGGUCUACCAUCAUCUUGCCUCUUUGGGGAUCUGCCUCGGCAACGAGCUUCCCCACAGCUGACUGAUGAGAACAUGCAUUAUUUUCUUAAAAUCAAAUGGUGCUGUGAAAGCCUUCAUUCUGAAGAACCACAGACCUUGCUCCUGCUCCGGGACCCUGCCUCUUCCUUGCAGCGUUGGUACAAACCAGCUGCCCCCUCCCACACUGCCUGACUCCAAUUCAUGUCCACUUCCUCUUUCCUCUACAGUUUUAGGAGCCAAGGGAAAUCUGAGGGUAGAUUUGUGGGGAAAAUAAGGGCCCGACUACAAAAUUGUUAUAUAGCAAGACCUGGGAGGAGAGGAGGGGUCGGACAGGGAAGGCUGCAAUCCAUUUUUCUGAUUCUCGGUAAGUCAGGCUGCUCAGAGAACUUCAGGGCUGCAGGACGCCUGGGUCAGGCCUCCAGACCCCCCUCCCUGUCCCUCAGAAAAGACCAUCAAGAAAGCAAGAAGGACAUUAUGUGCCAGGAUUCUCCUCUGGGCUCCGGUCACACGGAGGAUAUCAAGGAGGCUGGAAAGGACCCCAUCCAUGGGCCCCUGCUCUUUCUCAAGCCUCCUCCCCACAGUGGUCCGGCUGGGUGGGGCCUGGACCGUCCAGCCAGCCUCCUGCAGUGAAGGGCUUCCAGGGGCCUGGGGCACGGGCAUUCUCCGAGAAAAGGCACAGAGAAAUGUAAAAUCACAGUGCUGGAUACCCAACUAAAUUGUUUUCCAAGGCAGGCUGUGCCGUCUGGUGUUUCCGGCCCCGUGCUGGGGUCCAGGCGUUUGUCUGGCUCAGACUCUGAGGAGAGCCAGGGCUCAGCCCCCCAACUGCAUGGACCUGCUGCCAGUCUGAAAUGCAAUAAGUUAUUAUGUGGGAGUGAUUUGUCUGAGCCAGUUUGAGGGCUUACAGUUUGGAUUGACUUUUUUCUGCUUCUGGGGGAGAGAGGGUCAGGAAGACGGGGAGAUCACCAGAGAGAAAAUUGGCUUCAUGCCUUGACGGCUCACCUUCUAAUCACCCCGUAGCUUGAAAAGCCACCGUUCAUCUGUGACUUUCCAGCUUGUCAUCUGUCUGGGAUAUUCAGUAUUUCCUGAGCAGUCACAUCCAAAUAAAAGUGGUUUCUACAGUGAAA